AUGUUUCCCUACCAUAAAAAGCAAUUGUGUGUUUGAGAAAAAGACCAGCCCAUUUGCCUGCCGUCCUUAUCCUGGAGUAGAGUGUGCCUUUCCAGAGCUCACAGUGUUUGAAAUCAGACUGAAAAUUAGACACAGUGAUCAUGGGGCUGUGGGCAAUCCUCGGCUGGGCAGCCCUCCUGCUGCUGGCACUGAUACUGAUCUGCUUUCUCCUGUACUGUGGAUACAUCCACUAUAUUCAUAUGAAGUAUGACCACAUCCCAGGGCCGCCCAGAGACAGUUUUAUCUUUGGACACUCAACUGCAUUGUUGAAGCUGGUAAACGAAAACCUGUUGAUGUAUGAUUAUUUUCUGGACUGGGUACACAAGUAUGGUCCAGUAAUGCGUAUUAAUGGAUUACAUAAAGUAGCAGUUCUUGUUGCUAGCCCUGAAGGAAUAAAGGAAUUUCUGAUGUCACCCAAAUAUUUAAAGGAUGAAUUCUACGAUUUUUUUGGCAGUCUUUUUGGUGAAAGGCUCAUGGGGAAGGGUUUACUAACUGACCGAGAUUAUGACCACUGGCACAAACAAAGAAGAAUAAUGGACCCUGCUUUUAGUAGGACCUACCUGAUGGGCUUAAUGGGACCCUUUAAUGAAAAAGCUGAGGAACUGAUGGAGAAACUAUCUGAAAAUUCAGAUAGAAAAUGUGAAGUGAAUAUGCAUGACAUGUUCAGCAAAGUGACACUGGAUGUAAUCGGCAAGGUUGGUUUUGGAAUGGAACUAAAUUCCUUGAAUGAUGAUCAGACCCCCUUUCCACGAGCAAUCUCGCUGGUUAUGAAAGGAUCCGUAGAAAUUAGAAAUCCUAUGAUAAAGUAUUCUCUGGCAAAGAGAGGGCUCAUCAGGAAAGUGCAGGAGAGCAUCAGGCUACUUCGCCAGACAGGGAAGGAAUGCAUUGAAAGGAGACAGAAGCAGAUACAGGAUGGAGAGGAAAUUCCGGUGGAUAUACUGACACAGAUACUUAGGGGGACAGCUUUGGAAAAAGAUUGUGACCCAGAGACUUUAUUGGACAACUUUGUAACUUUCUUCAUAGCUGGGCAAGAAACCACUGCCAACCAGUUAUCGUUUGCAGUAAUGUCUUUGGGGAGGAAUCCAGAAAUUCUUAAAAAAGCCCAGGCUGAAAUAGAUGAAGUUAUAGGAUCAAAAAGAGACAUUGAGUAUGAAGACCUCGGCAAACUGAGCUAUUUGUCCCAGGUCCUGAAGGAGACCUUGCGGUUGUAUCCUACAGCUCCGGGAACAUCUCGAACUCUGGAGAAUGAAAUUGUCAUAGAUGAAGUGAGGAUUCCAGGAAAUGUAACGCUCAUGUUAAACUCUUAUGUAAUGGGAAGGAUGGAGCAGUAUUACAAAGAUCCACUUAUGUUCAAUCCAGACAGAUUCAGCCCUGAUGCGCCAAAGCCUUACUUUACUUAUUUCCCAUUUUCUCUGGGCCCGCGAAACUGCAUAGGGCAGGUGUUUUCACAGAUGGAGGCCAAGGUAGUAAUGGCCAAAUUUCUGCAGAGAUAUGAAUUUGAGCUGGCUGAAGGACAAAGUUUUAAGAUUUUAGAUACAGGGACUCUCCGGCCCCUGGAUGGGGUGAUUUGCAGGCUAAGAUCUCGGACAAACAAUAAAAAGGCCAAUAAGUAGCCACAGUAUAUACUGUGCUCUGUCUUUAAUGUCCCUUUUAUUAUGGCUCAUAUUGCAGGGGUAGGUAUAUAUAACCAUAUAUUUCAAAUGGGUUGUAAUGUGAAAAAAUAAAAUCCCAUUAUUAGGUCCACUGCUGAAAAUGAAAUAUAAUUGAAAUAUACUUUAAAUACAAAUUCUGUGCAGUUUUAAUAAAAUAAAUAAAAUAUGA